UUUCAAGCUUCACACUUCAAAAAAAACCAUGACAUAGCGCUUGUUGACGUGAUGUGCUGACUUCUGACGAUUAGAUUUUUUGGCGUGGUGACCAAAUCUGCGAAUGUUUGAUACCAUAAUCUCGGUUUAAUACUGUUAAUAGAGAAUCUAAAAGUUGCCUUUGAAGUCACACUGUAAUAUUUGCAAGCAAGAUGCCACCGCGAGUUGAUGACAUAAUGAAACUGUGUUGCGAAGUCUCCGCUAAUCAACAAGUAAAAACAGCGGUGAAGCAGUCUGGAAAAGGAGCAGCGGCCGCUGGUGGUUUAGCUUUUGCAGGAGGAUUGAUUGGGGGUCCUCUGGGAAUUGCAGUGGGUGGGGCUGUCGGUGGACUGAUUGGAUGCUGGAUGACAAGCGGCCAGUUUAAACCUCUACCCCAGGUUAUCAUGGAAAUGACACCAGACCAGCAGCGCAGACUCUAUGAGGAUGUUGUAGCCGUUUUAGGCUCAAUAACAUGGACUGAUGUUGCACAGCUGACUGCCCUGGUAAUGGGAAAUGCCACACUACAGCAGCAAGUGACCGCUGCUCUUCUGAGCUACAUACAAAAGGAACUUCAAGCUGAAGUGCAUUAUGUAGACUGACUUCAUUUUAUUUUUAAUGUGAAACAGUUCAAACCUUAUAAUCAUGUGUCAUACAGGUUGUUUAAUUGGAUAAUUGAGUACUGUAGUUGAACCUGGCGAACAUAGCAUCUUUUUUACUGUCGUAAAAUGUUUUUAACUUUAUAUGGUACAUUUGAAUCCAUGAAAACUUGUUUCCACCACAGGAUAAAAAAAACAAACCUUAAAAAAAAAACCCAUAAAAGGUAAUAAAGUUUAUAUCGGACAGUAAUGACUUUUUUUCCCCUUGCACUUUUGAGAAAAAAAAAGUCAGAAUUAUUACAUGGCAGAAAAAGAAACAAAAAAAGGAAUUGUGAGAGAAUUCUACAGAAAAAAAGUCUUGAGUUAUGAUCUAUAAACUUGCAAUUGUGAGAUAAAGGUACUGAGACCUAAUUUAACAAUUCUUACUUUUUCCCUUGCAAUUCUGAGUUCAUAUCUCUAUAAUUCUGGAAGAAAAGUCUAAAAAAAACAGAUUUGCCUGAAUUCAGAGUGAAAAAAGUCUGAUUUGGUUCGAUGUAAACUAGCAAUUAUGAGAAAAGUCUGAAUUGUGAUACUUUUUAACUCACACUUCCGACUUUUUUUCCCCUCACAGCACAGAAAUAAAAAGUUGCAGUUACUUUAUAAUUUUUUUUUAUUCCCUGGCAGAAACAAGCUUUCAUAUGCAUCAAGCACUGUACAUUCUUUGCAUUAAUAUCCUGACAUGACGUGUCAUAUUUGCAGAACACUUAGGAAGAUUGUGCAUUAUAGAACAUGUGAAUGAUAUUGUUGAAUCAAUGCAUUUAAAAAAUAUAUUUAAUUGAAUUGUU